AUGUCGAACGAAGACGCGAUUGAGACAAUUAUAGGAGCAUUCGGGAAGUACCAGACCUGGAUAGCUUUUUUAAUAAUAAUCGGCCGAUAUCCCGUCGAAUAUCAGUUGACCAAUGUUGUAUUUAUUAUGCCAAGUGUUGAAUAUAUUUGCUUGGACGAAGGUGCAAUGAACGCAACGAAUUAUUGCCCUUGUGAAAAUCCUAAAUACGAUACGAGUACCAUUGUAAGCUCAGUGACCACUGAAUGGGAUUUGAUAUGCGAUAGAUCAUCUCUUGCAUCUUUAGCGCAAUCUAUGAUGCAAAUUGGUAUUGUGCCUGGAAGCGUGAUCUUUGGACACAUUUCUGACCGGUAUGGCCGUAAAAUAGCAUCAAUACUAUCUUUAUUCUUUCAAGUAGUAAUAGUUGCCAUAUCGGCUGUAGUCCCUGAGUAUUGGAUGUUUCUCGUUUGCCGAUUUGCUAUUGGAAUAACUGUUGGCGGAACAAUGCUAUGUACCUACGUCCUAAAAGUUGAAUUAAGUGGGAAAUCCUUUAGGCCAUACCUAGUGGGUCUAGCAGAAGUUGCCUUCGUUACCGGAUACAUGACACUUCCAAUAAUAGCAUACUUUGUUAGAGAAUGGAGAACCUUGCAACUCGUAACUUCUCUUCCUUGGCUCUUUAUUGGAUUCUACUACUGGUUAAUUCCAGAAUCGCCACGGUGGCUUAUAUCGGUUGGCAAAAAACAAGAAGCAAUCAAAGUACUAACCUACAUCGCUAAAAAAAAUAAUCGACCUACAGAUAACAUAGAAUCCAUUAUUGAUAAAAUCGAGGACGAAAAACCUGGAUCAAUGAUGGAUCUUUUCAGAACACCAAAAAUAAGAGUCUACACUGUAAUAGCGGCAAUAGUUUGGAUGCUGUGCGCACAUACGCAUUUCGGCAUUAACCAAUACAUAGGACGUCUUCAAGGAAAUGUCUAUCUGAAUGUAUUUAUCUCAGCAUCGUGCCUAAUACCAGCGACUAUUUUGGUUGUUGUCGCUACUCUAUAUUUCAGAAGAAAAAUAAGCAUUGUGACCAAUUUUACCCUAGUUGCACUAUCAUUGAUUGUGAUUAUAUUUAUACCGGGUGACUUAACUGCAGUAAGAAAUGCCUUUGCAAUUAUAGGUCAGGCAGGCGCAUUUACAUCUUUUGUUCAAGUAUAUUUAUAUUCUUCGGAAAUUUUCCCUACAGUGAUUCGAAAUUCGGCUAUGGGUUUCGCUUCAGUAUUCGCCCGAAUUGGAGGGUUCGUCGCUCCGUUCGUCGUUAAUAUAGGAAUCGAAUGGAUCUCCAUCACGAUAUUUAGCAGUUUGGCUUUAUGCGCAGCUGGUUUGUGUUGCUUUUUCCCGGAAACUAAAGAUAUUACUUUAAUAAAUACAAUUAAAGAGACCGAACGAGCUCAAGAUAAAAGACAAGACCAGCGGCUGUAUUUAACUGCACAUAAUUAUUUUCAAUUUCUUCUACUCAUGGCGGCUGAUGACGCAAUAGAAACUACAAUAGGAUCGUUCGGAAAGUAUCAAACGUGGAUUCUUAUAUUAAUAACUUUAGGGCGAUAUCCCGUUGAAUUUCAAUUGGUCAAUAUUGUAUUUAUUAUGCCCAAUGUUGAAUAUGUUUGUCUCGAUGAUGGUGCAUUAAACAGAACGAAUUAUUGCCCUUGCGCAAAUCCCAAAUACGAUACUAAUACCAUUGUGAGCUCAGUGACCACGGAAUGGAAUUUAAUCUGUGACAGAACAUCCUUAGCAUCUUUAGCACAAUCUAUAAUGCAAAUUGGUAUUAUACCCGGAAGCGUGAUCUUCGGAUACAUGUCUGAUCGGCACGGCCGUAAAAUAGCAUCGUUACUAUCACUGUUUUGUCAAGUACUAGCAGUGGCCAUAUCCGCUAUAGUAACCGAGUAUUGGAUGUUUGUCGUCUGCCGUUUUGUUAUUGGAAUUACCGUUGGAGGCACAAUAAUAUGUACCUACGUAUUGAUAGUUGAAUUAAGUGGGAAAUCUUUUAGGCCUUACCUAGUGGGCCUAUCAGAAGUUUCCUACGUCACUGGAUACAUGACACUUCCGAUAAUAGCCUAUUUCAUUAGAGACUGGAGGACCCUGCAGCUUGUAACUUCACUUCCUUGGUUAUUUGUCGGUUUUUACUAUUGGUUAAUUCCAGAGUCACCACGAUGGCUCAUAUCAGUUGGUAGAAAAAAUGAAGCUAUAAAAAUACUCACUUACAUUGCCAAAAAAAAUAAGAGGCCUACGAACAAUAUCGCAACUAUAGUCGACAAUGUAGAAAACGAAAAGCCUGGAUCAGUAAUCGAUUUGUUUAAAACAUCUAAAAUCAGAAUGUAUACUAUAAUAUCAGCUUUAGUUUGGAUGCUAUGUGCACAUACAUAUUACGGCAUUAACCAGUACAUAGGAAAUUUACAAGGAAAUUUGUAUUUAAACGUCUUCAUCUCAGCGAUUUGCCUUAUACCAGGCAUUGUUUUAGUCGUGAUUGCCGCCCUAUAUUUCAAAAGAAAAAAAAGCAUCAUAGCGAGUUUCACAACAGUAGCUGUAUCGUUAGUUAUAAUUGAGUUUAUUCCAGGGAAAUCAACUACAGUGGAUAUUGCGUUUGCAAUCAUAGGUCAGACAGGGGCGCGGAGUGUUUUCGUCCAAAUAUAUCUGCACUCUUGCGAAAUUUUUCCUACAGUGAUCAGGAAUUCUGCUAUGGGAUUUUCUUCAAUUUUUGCUCGAAUCGGAGGCUUCGUCGCUCCGUUCGUUGUUAAUAUUGGAAUCGAAGGGGUUUCGGUGGCUAUCUUUUGCAGCCUAGCCGUCUGUGCAGCUACGUUGUGCUGUUUUCUUCCCGAAACAAAAGGGAUUGUUUUAAAGAACACAAUUCAAGAGACAGAACAAUGUCAUGCCAGAAAGAAAUCUGACCAUGCCGAGAAAACUGCAGAUAAUACAUGUAUCUAAAUGAUAUCAUAUAAAAGACUC